AUAAAUAGUAUUGCUCGCCUGGAUGUGGGAGGGUGGGUUUUUGCUUUCAAAAGGAUUUUUGCAUCUGCGCAAUGCAACACAAAAAUAUAUUUCUUUUAGAAACCUUUUGUUGAAACUUUUAAUAUAACAGAAUAAUUCCACAAUUAAGCAAAAUUACACUCAGACUUGCUCUCAAAUCUCAAAAAUUUAUACACUUAGCUCCAGAGGGGAAAUAAAAAAUAUAAAUAUAUCACAGAAACAAAAAUGGUUAUACAGCGAAGUUGGAAAAUUUUAAGUGAACCUGCCUCCGCUUCUACAACAGACGCUAAUAGAUCACCCGCUGGCCUCCAUUCUUCAUCAGACGAUUCAAAUUGUUCCAAUCAAACAACGCAUUCAAUGGUUACGAGUGUGGCUAGUCCACCAACAGGAAAAUUUGACGGUGUCGCUUCAAUGGCAAAUGAAAAUGUGAAAUUUGUAACAACGCCUCAAAUGGCUGAAAAUAUGUUAAAACGUCUACGGCAGCGUUUAAGUUGUCCUGGGGCAACAAGCAGUUCAAAUGCAGAGAGUGCUGUACGUUCUCUGGAACUGCUACGCAUAUCUGUACAAAACGCAUUUGACAAGGAAAUUGAUGGAAUUGUGAAGCGCUUUAUUGAAAACUAUUUUAAGCCUGCUUGCAAUAACAUUAAGAGUAAUAUGGGUCAAAAUUCUUUGUCGGAUGAUGUGUUGCAGAAAAUGUCUUGUGCAUUGCUGGAGAACUCAAAAGCGCAAUAUAAUGCUUUUCGUGUAAAACAACCUGUCGCUUUAAGCAACACACAGGCAGCAACACCAGACCAAACGAUGCGUAUGACCCUCAAACGUCCAGCAGCAAAACCAAUUGGCUUAAAUGAGCUCUCUAAAAAGUUGUUGCCAACUACGGUGACUGUGACAACACAAUUACAAGCUGCAGCAGCAACAACAACAACGGCAACAAAUCGUGCUCCACCAGUACAAACACAACCAACACGCGUUCCAGCAAAACCUGUUACUGUGACCCCAGCACGUCGGCAAAUAUUUUGGAAUACUGCACACAUAUCAACGGCAACCAAAUUCGUGCUCGAUGUACAAGCCAAUCAAGCAUUUGGUUUUGGUACUGAUGGUAAAGAGCGUCUAGCAAGCAAACAUCCGGAGUUGAUACGUUACUUACCGGAUGGCGAAGAUCGCGAAUGGUUAACUUCACAAAAUAUCAUUUCACAACAAAAUCGUAAUUCUCGUUUUCUGUUUCUUAUUCACGAUGAAGUCUGCCGCCUGCAACAGACUAAUGACGUAUAUCGCAACAAACCAAACGUCAACUUGAACUGCAUGCAUAAAUUCACUGUUCCCGAAUUUAUGAUACAAAAGAUGAAAAUAUUUUUCGUAGAUUUGAACAUUAAAAGUCGUGGUUUAAUAACAAAUUCCUUUUCUGUGGGCACAAUGCAAAGCAACAGCCACCUAAGAAAUGCUCUACUUCAAGGUGUGAACAAUAAUACCACCGGGACAACGGAAACUAUUCCUAAUAAUGCAAAUGUCAGCAGCUUAUCUGCAACUUUGCCUAUCGUUGCAAAUGACAAUGCCACCGUCGAUGUGCAGUUGCAAGUUAAACCGAAAGCCAGUACUUUGAGUUCCUCCCAUGCUACGCUAACUGCUUUACUCAAUAACGCCAUAAGUAGCUCCAGUUUGUUAAGUUCAAAUGAGGAUUUAGCAGCCAACAAGCUGCAUAAAUAAGUAAGUGCAAUAUGGUUAAAUCCGAAAUAAAAUUAAAAUUUAGAUGACUUAAAAUUUUUUAAUAUAUAAUGAUUUAUUGUAUAUUUCAAAAAUAAGAAUUGGACCUGAAUGAUAAAUUCUUCAAUAUGUAUUUUAUUCUAU